AUGACGGACACAGACUCGGAUGCAGAGCCGGAUAGCACUCCGGCCACGCCGGCGCUGCAAACGCCGCCUAGGAGCGCCAAGUCAGAAGAGUAUCAUCACCCCUGGUCAUUAUACCAUGCCGCCGCAACUCCUCAAUCAUCACCACCAGCUUCGCCGUCAUUACCGUCCUUGCGUCUUCAUUCCUUGGGCAUGUCUCCGUUUUCCCCAGCGCGUCGCCAGUUUUCAUCACCUCUUAUUAAAUCAGCAUCCGCUCUACAUCUAACCGAGGUAGGCCGAUCUAGACGAGAAUCCGUUGUACAAGACAGCAAAGAUGUCCUCGUGCAGCGACUAAAUGAUCUUGCUGCUCAGUUGAGCAAGCAGGACAAUAUACAAGAGCACAAUGUUAAUACUCUCCAUGCCAAAGUGGAUGAGAUGGAAAAGGCCCUAUCCGCGAGAGACUAUCAGCCGAGUCGAAGAUCUCUAAGGUCUAGACCUACCAGCCUGGUACUCCAGGAUAACAAAAUUGAGCGCGACUCCUUUUGGGGACCGCUAACACCAGGGCACACGAUGCCUAGUAUUUCGACCACGCCUUUACCUACAUACGCAUCUUCAUCAACCCAAACCGAAGGAAGCCUUAAUGCUCUUGAGGUCGCUGUCGCUAAGGGGUCUCAGAUGUCGGCAGUGCAGGCUAGUCGAAUCGCCACGGAAGCACAAAAUUUGUGCAAGGAACUAGAAGAAGUUGUCUCGGGUCUACGCGCUCGGCAGGAGGAGACAGAUCAUAUUCACGAACUAUUUAUCACACGUGCAGAACGCGCCGCGCAGAGAAUCAUUUAUCUCGAAAAGCGGGUUAAGGAGCUCGAAUGUGAGCGAAACGAAGGUGAGAUGGAGAUGCUCAGCCUACAGAUUCAGCUAAAGGCGAUCGAGGUGCAGUGCUUAAGCUACGUGCCGAAAGAUGCCGAUGAAGAACUGCGAGAGAGUAUAUCUGCAUGGAAAACGGAGUGGUCUGCCUUAAAACGGAAAAGAGCCCGGAGAAAAGCUAGCGCAAGCGAAGAUACCGGGACAUUAGGAACUCCUACCAGACAGCCGAGAAUUACGGGUUUUCCAAGCUGA